AUGUCCCAUACAGCUGCCACCUCGAAGUACGGUCUCUCCACCAUCCCAUACGAACAUCCUUCUCUUGCUGCCAAAGCUCAUUACAUGGCCACCGCACACUCGACAGAUACCUACAAGAUCCUGGACAGCCUAAGUAUGAUCUGUGCCUGUUACAAAUCGGCACCUCCUCAUGUGAAGGCGAAGUUGAGGACAUACAUUGCGGAACACAUGAGUUUAUGGGAGACUUUGGAGGGGCACAACGAAGGGCUCGACAAGACAAUGUCGGGGUACGUCAAGUACAGGACUUGGCUGAGCGAGUCUGUGUGCAGCCAAUGUGCGGGCGCGGACUUCAUGAAGGCCAUCUUCAACCAACUUGCGGACGAGACACAGGCGCUGCGGGAUGCUUCAAAGGCCAGAAAGACCGCUUUCACCACCGUCGAGCAGUGCUUCCAGGACUGGCAAAGUGUGCACCAGCAGAGCGGCCGUUGGCGUGAUGGCCGGUGUCAAAUUGACAUAUACGAGGAGCAGCCUCCUGAACUGGAUCUCCUGGACGGCGACCGAUCCCUCUUUUUCGACUUCCCUCGGGCUGUCAAGAUUCUGGGUCAGUGUAUGGCGCUGGCGAGUGACGAUCGCCUAUGUGACUUCUGCCAGCAGACCGCGAGUCGGAGGGGUAGGGGUAGAUAUUCGUAA